AUGGCCUCUGAGAUCACCGAUCACGACCAGAACGCGUCGCCCAGCGUCCACGACGACCUCACCAACAACGGCGCGCUCGUCCAAGGCGAUGCAAACCGCGGCACAAAGCGCCCGCGCCCGGCCCAGGACGACGACGAUGACGACGACGACAAGCCCGGUCGCGAGCGCAGAAAGAUCGAGAUCAAGUUCAUCCAGGACAAGUCGAGGAGGCACAUCACCUUCUCCAAGCGCAAGGCCGGUAUCAUGAAGAAGGCCUACGAGCUAUCCGUCCUCACCGGCACGCAGGUGUUGCUGCUCGUCGUCUCUGAGACGGGUCUCGUGUACACAUUCACAACCCCCAAGCUGCAGCCGCUCGUCACGAAACCCGAGGGCAAGAACCUCAUCCAGGCCUGUUUGAACGCACCCGAGCCCUCGACUGACAACGCAAACGGCGUUGAUGAUGGCCCAGUCGACUCUCCCGAAGACAGCCAUGCCCAGGUCCCCGCUGGUCAGCCCCGUGGAAUGGCGCCCAGCGGUGGCAUGCCAGCAGCGUACAUGACUCCUGAGGCGGCACUGCACUACCAGCAAUACCUUCAGCAGCAGCAGCCGUCGACGCAAUACCCGGGAAUGCCCCAAGGCGGCAUGCCUCGCCACCCUGCACAGCACUACCCGCAGGAUCAGAAGCUGAGCUGA